UGCUCCUUAUCCUACACUCAUCUCAUUUCCUUUUUUUCUUUUUUUUCUUUCCCUUUCCUAUGCAACCAAGUUAUUCAACAUAGAAGAAAAUUGAGCUUCAAACUAGGAAAUUCAGUCAUUCACCAUUUCACAAGACCAUUUUUAGGGUAAAUUUGAAAAUUGCAGAGGCUAUUUUAAUAUGGCAGGAAGUGUAACUUGGAGCAGAGAAGAAGAGAAGGCUUUCGAAAACGCGCUUGCGAUGCAUUGGAUAGAGGACUCUGAAGAGCAAUGGGAGAAGAUGGCUUCAAUGGUUCCUAGUAAAAGUCUUGAGGAAUUGAAGCAACACUAUCAAAAACUAGUGGAGGAUGUUAGUGCAAUAGAGGCUGGUAAGGUGCCACUUCCUUGUUAUACAGGAGAGGAAGCUACACCUUCUCCCAAGGAUGUUCAUGGAUUAUCGGGAGCUGCAGCUGCUACUGCUGCUUCGGAUAAGAGAUCGAAUUCAGGUUAUGGAAACGGAUUUUCAGGGUUAAGCCAUGAUUCGAGUGGACAUGGAGGGAAAGGAAGUUCCAAGUCGGACCAAGAAAGAAGGAAAGGAAUUCCUUGGACAGAAGAAGAGCACAGGUUAUUUCUACUUGGGUUAGACAAGUUUGGUAAAGGAGAUUGGAGAAGCAUUUCAAGAAACUUCGUGAUAUCAAGAACUCCAACGCAGGUGGCUAGCCAUGCUCAAAAGUACUUCAUCCGCUUAAAUUCGAUGAAUAGAGACCGGCGGAGGUCCAGCAUCCAUGACAUCACUAGCGUUAACAAUGGGGAUACGUCUCAUCAAGCUCCUAUCACUGGCCAACAAGCUAACACAAACUCAUCAGGAGCAGCAUCCAUGGGGCAAUCAGUGAAGCAAAGGGCUCAGCCACAUUUGCCUGGUUUAGGCAUGUAUGGAGCACCUGUUCGGAAUCCAGUAGCUGCUCCAGGGCAUUUGGGAUCUGCUGUAGGAACUCCUCUUAUGCUUCCUCCUGGUCACCACCCCCCUCCUUAUAUUGUCCCUGUUGCUUACCCCAUGGCACCGCCACCGAUGCACCAAUAGCUUCAAAUUCAAUCAUGAAGGCAACAAAAUGAAUUCUGUUUUGUUGAACUUGAAAUAUGCUGACGGAAGAUUUCCUGACGCAAUUUUAUAAAUAAAGCAGAUAGAUCAGAACAAAGAACUAUUUUUUUUUCUAUCGUAACCCAUCAGCGCCUUCUGCCUGCGCGAAUUCAUUCUUCUAUACAGGUGAAACAAGGAAACUGGCUCUGAAACUGGCAUCUGUAUCUCUAAUAUACACUAGAGUGAAAUCUUAAUGCUGUUAGUAAAUAUAGUCAAUUUACUGCACCAUUAAAGUAUUGUCUUCAUAUUUCUUUCCUUCCUAUAGAUUCAAUAAAACAAUUCUCAUAGAUCAUAUUUUGAAAAAAAAAAAAU